GGAGACCCUGACAGCAGUCAUGGCAAGUGGCAGUGGGGACAGUGGCACCCGCCGGAGCGUGGCAUCACAGUUUUUCACACAAGAGGAAGGGCCAGGCGUUGAUGGCAUGACCACUUCUGAGAGGGUGGUAGAUCUUCUGAACCAGGCAGCGCUGAUCACCAAUGACUCCAAAAUCACAGUGCUCAAACAGGUCCAGGAGCUGAUCAUCAACAAAGACCCCACCCUGCUCGACAACUUCUUGGAUGAGAUCAUCGCUUUCCAAGCAGACAAGUCCAUCGAGGUGCGCAAGUUCGUCAUAGGCUUCAUCGAGGAGGCAUGGCCAGCAUUACCUGUCCCCUUCUCUUCCAUCCCCAGCAAGCGGGACAUUGAGCUGCUGCUAAAACUGAUCGCCAACCUCAACAUGCUCCUGCGGGACGAAAAUGUGAACGUGGUAAAGAAAGCCAUCCUCACCAUGACCCAGCUCUACAAGGUGGCCCUGCAGUGGAUGGUGAAGUCUCGGGUCAUCAACGAUCUCCAGGAGGCCUGCUGGGACAUGGUGUCCUCCAUGGCUGGGGAAAUCAUCCUACUCUUGGAUUCCGACAACGAUGGCAUCCGUACACAUGCCAUCAAGUUUGUGGAGGGCCUCAUUGUCACCCUGUCACCCCGCAUGGCUGAUUCAGAGGUCCCCCGACGCCAAGAGCAUGACAUCAGUCUGGACCGAAUCCCUCGAGAUCACCCCUACAUCCAGUACAAUGUCCUGUGGGAGGAAGGCAAGGCAGCCUUGGAGCAGCUGCUGAAGUUCAUGGUACACCCCGCCAUCUCCUCCAUCAACCUGACCACAGCCCUGGGCUCCCUUGCCAACAUCGCCCGCCAGAGACCCAUGUUCAUGUCCGAGGUGAUCCAGGCCUAUGAGACCCUGCAUGCCAACCUGCCCCCAACGCUGGCCAAGUCCCAGGUGAGCAGCGUGCGUAAGAACCUCAAGCUGCACUUGCUGAGUGUGCUCAAGCACCCUGCCUCCUUGGAGUUCCAGGCCCAGAUCACCACCCUGCUGGUGGACCUGGGCACCCCCCAGGCAGAGAUCGCCCGCAACAUGCCCAGCAGCAAAGACUCCCGAAAACGGUCCCGGGAUGAUGCAGACUCCACGCUGAAGAAGAUGAAGCUGGAGCCCAACUUGGGAGAAGAUGAUGAGGACAAAGACUUGGAACCUGGCCCAUCAGGGACUUCAAAGGCCUCAGCCCAGAUCUCAGGCCAGUCAGACACGGACAUCACUGCUGAGUUCUUGCAGCCUCUGCUAACACCUGACAAUGUGGCCAAUCUGGUCCUCAUCAGCAUGGUGUACCUACCUGAGACCAUGCCUGCCUCCUUCCAAGCCAUCUACACCCCGGUGGAGUCUGCAGGCACCGAAGCCCAGAUCAAGCACCUGGCUCGGCUCAUGGCCACACAGAUGACAGCUGCAGGACUGGGACCUGGUGUGGAGCAGACAAAACAGUGCAAGGAAGAGCCCAAGGAGGAGAAGGUGGUGAAGCCCGAGAGUGUCCUGAUCAAGCGGCGCCUGUCAGCGCAGGGUCAGGCCAUCUCUGUGGUGGGCUCUCUGAGCGCCAUGUCCCCCUUGGAGGAGGAAGUACCCCAGGCCAAGAGGAGGCCCGAACCUAUCAUCCCUGUCACACAGCCACGCCCAGGUGGAAGCCAUGAAGCUGGGAGCCGUCAAGCGCAUCCUGAGGGCGGAGAAGGCUGUAGCCUGCAGUGGGGCAGCCCAGGCGCGCAUCAAGAUUCUGGCCAGCCUGGUAACACAGUUCGACUCUGGACUCAAGGCAGAGGUGCUGUCCUUCAUCCUGGAAGAUGUCCGGGGCCGCCUGGACCUGGCUUUCGCCUGGCUCUACCAGGAAUACAAUGCCUACCUAGCAGCCGGGGCUUCAGGCACUCUGGACAAGUAUGAGGACUGCCUCAUCCGCCUGCUCUCUGGCCUGCAGGAGAAACCGGACCAGAAGGAUGGGGUCUUCACCAAGGUGGUUUUGGAGGCCCCGCUGAUCACAGAGAGUGCCUUGGAGGUGAUCCGGAAGUAUUGUGAGGAUGAGAGUCGCGCCUACCUGGGCAUGUCGACACUGGGAGACCUGAUCUUCAAGCGCCCUUCUCGCCAGUUCCAGUACCUGCACGUCCUCCUUGACCUCAGCUCUCAUGAGAAGGACAGGGUGCGCUCCCAGGCUCUGCUCUUCAUUAAGCGCAUGUAUGAGAAGGAGCAGCUUCGAGAGUAUGUGGAGAAAUUCGCCCUCAACUACCUGCAGCUCCUGGUCCACCCCAACCCACCCUCAGUGCUCUUCGGAGCUGACAAGGACACAGAGGUGGCUGCACCCUGGACGGAGGAGACAGUGAAGCAGUGUCUGUAUCUCUAUCUGGCUCUCCUGCCUCAGAACCACAAGCUGAUCCACGAGCUGGCAGCCGUGUACACUGAGGCCAUCGCCGACAUCAAGCGGACCGUGCUGAGGGUCAUUGAGCAGCCGGUGAAGGGAACUCAGCCUUAUCCCCCCUGAACCCAUUUGAGCUGCUGAUUGCUUUGCACAACAUUGACUCCGUCAAGUGUGACAUGAAAUCCAUCAUCAAAGCCACCAACCUGUGUUUUGCGGAGCGGAACGUGUAUACGUCGGAGGUGCUGGCUGUCGUGAUGCAGCAGCUCAUGGAGCAGAGCCCGCUGCCCAUGCUGCUCAUGCGGACCGUCAUCCAGUCCCUGACCAUGUACCCCCGCCUGGGGGGCUUCGUCAUGAACAUCCUGGCCCGGCUCAUCAUGAAGCAG